AUGAACCUGGGAGAGGAUGUCACAGUGACAGGAAAGAGCUGGUGGUCACUGUCAGGUCUGGAGUGCUUCCGCACGGUGGGCUCGGGAUUUGCAGGCCAGCUCCAGAGAAGUGGGAAGCAAGGGAAGCCAUAUGUCUUCGACAGAGUGCUGCCUCCCAGCACGACCCAAGAGCAGGUUUACAGUGCGUGUGCAAAGCAAAUUGUCAAAGAUGUCCUGGAAGGUUACAAUGGGACAAUCUUUGCUUAUGGACAGACUUCAUCAGGAAAAACGCACACCAUGGAGGGGAAGCUGCAUGACCCUCAGCUCAUGGGGAUCAUCCCAAGGAUUGCACACGACAUCUUUGACCAUAUAUAUUCCAUGGAUGAAAACCUGGAGUUUCACAUCAAGGUUUCCUAUUUUGAGAUCUACUUGGACAAAAUCAGGGACUUACUCGACGUAUCCAAGACAAACUUGGCUGUUCAUGAAGAUAAAAACAGAGUCCCAUAUGUAAAGGGAUGCACUGAGCGGUUUGUAUCCAGCCCCGAGGAAGUCAUGGAUGUGAUAGAUGAAGGCAAAGCAAACCGACACGUGGCUGUAACAAACAUGAACGAACACAGCUCUAGAAGUCACAGUAUCUUCCUGAUUAAUAUUAAACAAGAGAAUGUAGAGACCGAGAAAAAACUCAGUGGGAAGCUUUAUCUGGUUGAUUUGGCCGGGAGCGAAAAGGUCAGCAAAACUGGUGCCGAGGGAGCCGUUCUCGACGAAGCUAAAAAUAUCAAUAAGUCUUUGUCUGCUCUUGGAAACGUGAUCUCUGCCUUGGCAGAAGGGACAAAAACACACGUGCCGUAUCGGGACAGCAAGAUGACUCGGAUUCUUCAGGACUCUCUGGGUGGGAACUGUAGAACUACUAUUGUUAUUUGCUGUUCUCCUUCUGUCUUCAAUGAAGCUGAGACCAAAUCUACAUUGAUGUUUGGACAAAGGGCCAAGACCAUCAAAAACACAGUCUCUGUGAACCUGGAGCUGACCGCUGAGGAGUGGAAGAAGAAAUAUGAGAAGGAGAAAGAGAAAAACAAGACUUUAAAGAAUGUUAUCCAGCAUCUGGAGGUGGAGCUAAACAGGUGGAGAAACGGAGAGGCGGUGCCUGAGGAUGAGCAGAUCAGCGCUAAGGACCAGAAGACCUUGGAGCCCUGUGACAACACCCCCAUCAUCGACAACAUUGCUCCCGGGGUCGGUGCUGUGGUCGCCAGCAUCUCUGCUGCGGAGAAGGAGAAGUAUGACGAGGAGCUCUCCAGUCUCUACAGGCAACUGGAUGAUAAGGAUGAUGAAAUUAACCAGCAGAGCCAGCUGGCUGAAAAGCUAAAGCAACAGAUGUUGGAUCAGGAUGAGCUUCUAGCUUCCACAAGAAGAGACUAUGAGAAGAUCCAAGAGGAGCUGACACGGCUCCAGAUUGAAAACGAGGCGGCCAAAGACGAGGUGAAAGAAGUCCUGCAGGCCCUUGAGGAGCUGGCCGUCAAUUAUGACCAGAAGUCCCAGGAGGUGGAGGACAAGAUGAGGGCCAAUGAACAGCUGACCGAUGAGCUGGCCCAGAAAACGACCACACUGACAACCACACAGCGCGAGCUGAGCCAGCUGCAAGAGCUCAGCAACCACCAGAAGAAGCGAGCCACCGAGAUCCUGAAUUUGCUGCUGAAGGACCUGGGGGAGAUAGGCGGCAUCAUCGGCACCAACGACGUGAAGACUCUGGCAGACGUGAAUGGCGUCAUUGAGGAGGAGUUCACCAUGGCCCGUCUGUACAUCAGCAAGAUGAAGUCAGAGGUCAAGUCCCUGGUGAACCGCAGCAAGCAGCUCGAGAGCGCCCAGAUGGACUCCAACAGGAAGAUGAACGCCAGCGAGCGGGAGCUGGCCGCCUGCCAGCUGCUCAUCUCCCAGGUAGGCCACACCUUUCCUCACGAGGCCAAGAUCAAAUCCCUGACAGACUACAUGCAGAACAUGGAGCAGAAGAGGAGGCAGCUGGAAGAGUCCCAAGACUCGCUCAAUGAGGAACUGGCCAAGCUCCGAGCCCAAGAAAAAAUGCACGAAGUCAGCUUCCAGGAUAAGGAGAAGGAACACCUGACGCGGCUGCAGGAUGCCGAGGAGAUGAAGAAGGCGCUGGAGCAGCAGAUGGAGAGCCACCGGGAGGCUCACCAGAAGCAGCUGUCCAGACUUCGCGAUGAAAUUGAGGAGAAGCAGAAAAUCAUUGAUGAGAUUCGGGAUUUGAAUCAGAAACUGCAACUGGAACAAGAGAAGCUCAGCUCUGAUUAUAACAAGCUGAAGAUCGAGGACCGGGAGCGGGAGAUGAAGCUGGAAAAGCUCCUGUUGCUCAAUGACAAAAGGGAACAAGCCAGGGAGGACCUCAAAGGGCUGGAGGAGACAGUGUCUCGGGAGCUGCAGACUCUGCAUAACCUCCGCAAGCUCUUCGUCCAGGACCUAACCGCCCGGGUGAAAAAGAGUGUGGAGCUGGACAGCGACGAUGGCGGGGGCAGCGCUGCCCAGAAGCAGAAAAUCUCCUUCCUGGAGAAUAACCUGGAGCAGCUCACAAAGGUCCACAAACAGCUUGUCCGGGACAACGCUGACCUGCGCUGUGAGCUGCCCAAGCUGGAGAAGCGGCUGCGCGCCACGGCCGAGCGCGUCAAGGCCCUGGAGAGCGCGCUGAAGGAGGCCAAGGAGAACGCCCUGCGGGACCGCAAGCGCUACCAGCAGGAGGUGGAUCGCAUCAAGGAGGCCGUGCGUGCCAAGAACAUGGCCCGGAGGGCCCACUCGGCCCAGAUUGCCAAACCCAUCCGGCCCGGACACUACCCAGCGUCAUCUCCAACAGCCGUUCACGCCAUCCGAGGGGGAGGAGGCGGCUCAUCAAACUCCACUCAUUACCAGAAAUAAAUAAAUCUGACUCUCCACGUAGCAUGUCAAGGACAAAAUUAAUCACCAAUUCCUUCCCCCGCCCCUCCACCCCAACCCCUCUCCUACACACUUUUCUUUCCCACUUGCUUACCCAGCCAUCUGCAGUACAUCCGUUUCAGGUAUUUGAGCUGUGUACACCCGUUUCAGGUAUUUGAGCUGUGUAGAAGUUCUGUGUGCAGACGUGUGCUUGGACCACUCUCUUCAUGAGAAAUCUGAAGGGGUGAUCACAGAAGAUCCACUCACUCCUGGGAACCACCGCUGCGGACUCGGCCUCGGGCCUUGGGCCUCGGAUGGUCUCAGGCAGCCCCUGCACUGUCCAGCAAACGCCCUAACUUGCCAUUCAGGGGGUGCGGGGGGACAACCAAGUGCCGUGGAGGCAGGUGAUCACACUCUGCUGAAACUGUCUGGUUUCCUGUAAAAUAGACACUUUAUAUUUUUAGGGAACAAACAAAGUGCUGCUAUAGGGUUCAAAAUUUUCAUUCUGAACACUUUUCCAAAACAAAUUACUCCUAGGAAGCAUUUUGACUACCCUGGUCACAUCUUUGGAUCUGUAAAGUACACCUUUUAGUAUGACAUCCGUUAAAAUGCAAAGCAAAUUUCUUCAAGGCAGAAAAACAAUCUGACAGCAGCAAUGUAGAAUUUGUUCAUUCAAACACAUCUCUGUGAACGUGAAAAGUCAUAAAAUUCACCUCUGAGUUGUUUGCUAUUGAACCGGCAGCGACGAGUCUCAGCCAGCCCGGGGUGAGCAUCACUCCUUCAGAAGCGCUGGAAAUGCCGCAGAGUUGGAUGGGUGGAAGUGGGGUUGCCCCCUUCGCCCUGAUCCGCCUGGAGUGGCAUCUGGAUGGCCACUUUCUCUAGGGAACCAUCUGAAGCCUCGAGGGGGUAUUGCUGCCGAAACCCAGGAUCAUUCUGCAGUUGAAAGAGGAAGCCCCGGGGAGAGUGUAAUGGACAAAUUUUCGUGCCUAUGAAUAAGUUGCCACAAAUAAGUUAUUUUAACUCAUCAUUCUGGCUGUUUGGGUCUUCUUUUUGGCAUCAAAUAUAGGUUUUAUCUUCUUAGGCAGAACUAGAAGAAAUCAAUAUGGAUGGAUUUUAAAAAAAUAUAUACCUGUUGCUAUAUUCAGAUACAUGAAUCUAAACUGAAUCAACUCUCCCUGGUGUGCAUAUGAACAUGAUGGAUUCCCAAGUAGUAAAGUUUUCAGGGAAAAUGACAAGGAUUCAAUUAAGUUGUUGUUCUGUGCUGCUACUGUUUUGACACAUUUGAGGAUAAGUCCAUGACAACCAACCAAACUCGGUGAAGGCACCCGUCCUCCUGCUACUGUUCCUGCCCAAAAGGAGUACGCUGGCACUGCCCCGCUGCUGUCACCCAGAAUGAAAUGUGUGGGGGAGACGUUGGGCUUUCUAGUGGCUAUGUGGACAGAAGAUUGUUCAAGGUGCGUGUGCGCGUGUGGCGUGCGUGUGUGCAUGUGUGUGUGUGUGUAUGUGUGUGAGAGAGAGAGAGGGGAGAAAGCACUAAGGACUGAAUUCACCUCCAAAAUCCUGUAUAAAAUUUCCUAACAAAGCAAAGCUGCUUUAUUUAUUUGUUAAAUGUUGCUUUUUGUUUGUGUGUGUUUUGUUUUGGGAGUGAGGAGUAAGGAGAGAAGAGGAUGAAUUCUACCUGAAGUAUUUAUUUGAAAAAGAUGACAAUUUUGCAUCUUUAAAAUCUUCUGUUUGAUUUUCUUAUGUUGUUGUCAGCACUUGUGCAGUAUAAACUGCCCAAUUGCUAUUUGCAAUCUGAUAGAAGGGUCCUUGUAGGACAGGUUUUGCAGCCCUUACCAGGUGAUAACAUAUGCCAUAUUUAUAACCUUGCCUCUGAUUUUAGAUGCUAAAACAUUGGUCUUUGAGAAGAUUACCAAUUACUAAUUGUCAUACCACUACUGUCUGUUAUGCAACUGUAUUACUUUGUGUUUGGAAAUUAAACCAAGGUCAAUAAUUUAUUUUUGGCUCUCUUGUUAAUAGAUUAUUUUGGGUUUUUUUCCAAGGUAAUUUUUUCCUGGGUACCCCUUUUCUACUUCUAAAGAAUUGCAUGGCCCUUUCAUGUUUCAAAGAAACAGUCACUUGUAGUUCCGUAUUUCUUGAUCUCCACAAGGGACUCACAGAAUUCACUUCACUUUUAUUCACAGAGAAAGUUGGCUUUGAUGUCUCUUAAAGAUACUUCCGCUAGUUGCUGAUCAGCCAGUCAGUUCACCUAGCUUUGAUCUUUAUAGGACCUCGAAACUAAGUUUCCUCACUGUGACCAACAGGCAGAUUAUUGGAAUGGAUCAUACAGUACGUUCAAGCAGAUUCUUAAGUAUUACUUUAUUAAUAAGCUAAUUUUGAGAUCAUAUAUUCUCUAGGCCACUUGUUUAGAAAGCCACAUGUAUGCAACUUUAAUUUUUUUAGACUAUUGCUCCAUUACACUUGGAUUCUAAAUGUAAAAAGCCACACCUCUGAAGGCCAAGCCUAUGGUUAUAUAUUGGUUGUAUGCUGCUUUUUGCUAGUGUGUGUGUGUGUGUGUGUGUGUGUAAGUGGUGUGUUUGUGGGGUGUGUGUGUGUACAUGUGCACGUGUGCUUUUCUUUAAAUAAUUUUAUAUUUCAUGCUACUUCUUGAAUGUUUACUCUGAUUCGUGAAGAGAAUACUAGGUGGUUUAUUCAGAUAAACUCUACCUACAGGAUAGUGGAUUGUUAAUUUAGAGUAAUGCUGUGAGGGAUAUCAGAUAUAUGGUUGGAGACUAAACUAUAUUGAUGCCAAAUGUGUUCUGGUUACUUACCAGAGACUUCUGUGCAAGCGCAUCAUCUCUUUAAACACUGUACAGUUGGCUUUUGUUGAAUGGUGAGUGGUAAGGAGAACGUUAAGUGUAGAUUAAGGGUUUUAAAGGAAAUAGUAUUAUAUGAUUAAAUUAGGCUUCAUAGAAAUAUUGGGAUAAGUGGAGAAAUAAGAAUGUCUGUCUAGAACGUAGCAUCUAAUGUAUUUUGAAGCCCUAAGUUCACACAAGAAACUGAUACUCCUGCCCAAGGCCAGACCAAGCCGUCACCAGGACUCAAGGAGGAGCUAUGGGUUCUCCUUUCCUGCAGGAGCAACUGAAAGCAAAUCAAAGCUCUCAACAGUCCCCUCUUUGCAGUGCGUGUUUUUAGCAGCACAGAAGACACGUUGGGGAAGUUUUUCAUUGGCGAGGCACGGGGCGUGUUCACUUCAUUCCCUUCCUUGGCUCACCCUGCAUAUCUUGAACAAGUUGAAGGAACCAUCAUAGACUACAACAGCUUCAUUUAACAUUCAACUUAGACUUUUUAGAAAUAUUACGGGCAAGGGCCAGGGAGCACUGCUCUGUGGAGUCGGACUGUACAUGGCAGGUUAUGUAUCCGUUUUAACCAGUUUCCAUUGGGUGUGGAGGUGAGGGGAAGAGGGCAUCAGUAGAAUUACUCAUGUCUAGUUUGUAAAGUAUGUAGUGUGUAUUGCAGAUGUAUGAUUGCUGGGCUCUGUGUAUCUGUACAGUAGCUUUCACUUUAAAAAUUGUGGGCAAACUUGGUGGUCUGAAGGGGAGAAUGCAGUUUAUAUCCAGUGACGAUGCUGUGAUAUAGCACAUGUAACAAAAAAUCUGGAAGUAACCCUCCCCCAGCCCAUGGAAAAUGGUUUCUUCUGGGUUCUAAAAUGAAGACGUAUGGAUACUCUGGCAGACUGCAUGUUGUAUAAUUUGAAAAAUACUAAAAGUGGAAAAUAAACUUGACUUAAACUUUG